AUGUCCCAGCAAUCUGGAAGCCGCAGGCCAUACGACCCCGAGCGCGAGCACAGGCGAAGGAAGCGAUAUCGCUCCCGCUCUGACGAAGAGAUACAGCAAGAGAUGGAUGUGCGAGCCAUGCCUUACCGCGUUGGAUGGCCGAAACUUCCCCCAUUGCCUUUGCACACUGUCAUUCAAGGCGCAUUUGAGUCGGUUGAGGAUGCCGCUUCCAAGCUCCAAGAAGCAAACAUCAUCCUGGAGGCUCAAGGUAUUCACAAUGUGUCCGUGCUUUUCACUUACAGGAUUCCUCGCGAUGAAGCCGAAACGGAUGACUUGUCACAGUACCUCACCCUUACAUGCAAUUUCGACACGACAGCAAACGCGCACAAGCUUUUGAACGCUGUUAUAAGGCUUCGGUCAAUGUUGGAACAGUUUGAGUCCACAGCGGGCGCUCACGUCGAGUGCAUCGAUUAUCGACCUAUCCGCACGUUCACUAUUCAGCACAGUGAACUAGACAUUCGCAAGAAGUGGGAAGAGGCGACACCGAUUCUUCUUCAAAUAUUGGAACAUCAUGAGUGGCUCUCCAUGGAAAUGAUACGUCGCGGGUUGGAAGACACCCCUGACAAAUGCCCUCCAACCAUCGUCAUCGCGACACCGACUGCGCGCGACCCGAAGUGGCAUGGCAAGGUCCUCCUGGAUAUAGUGACUGCCGUCGAUAAAAUUGCCCCCAAUUUCGUCGUCGAGAUCCUGUGUGGCGUAUCACUCUUGGGUGACACCAGGCACCAGCCCUCAAACACGAUCGAUAGCACAUCAUACGAAAAGGUCUUGCGCAUGGGCUCAUCUAUUGGGAUUCAUGGUGAGGAUGUCAGAUGCAGCACGCUAGGCGGCGCUGUGAUCCUCGAGGGCGGAGUCAAAUGCGGUAUUACCAAUUGGUACUGUGUUCGGGAUGAUCGACUCGACAAAAUUUUUUCGAAAACAAAUGACGGAACCCUGAAGCCUGGCAACAAAACUCUGCUGAACGCCCCUCAGCGCAUAGUGUCUCCAGGCACGUGUGAUCAUGUUGGCUACCUAGUCUCUCUCCAGCGGAACAUCCAGGGUUAUAAGCAAGCAUUUUCUCAAGGAGUUGGUUAUGCUCAUGAUUUGCAAAGGGAGGCUGAAAAGGAAUACAUGACCACGUAUAAUACGAAUCGCGGCGUUGGUCAUGUCUACGCAGGCUCAGGUCGUGGAGUCGUCAAAGCCAACAAAGAUGCGACAGACAAGUCCAAAGAAAAGACUAAGCACCUAGAGCGCGAGUAUCUGUUCCCUCUUGACUGGGCUUUGAUACGCAUGGACAACGUUCAGCAGCGUGAUAUUAUCAAUCGACUUCCUGAGGCCCCGCCGCCGAGACAAGCCCUGGUGGGUAGAGCUCGCCCUUGUCCAAAAUGGUCAGUUUUCGACGUCAACAGAGAGACUGUUCGUGUCGCCAAGUAUGGAAGGACCUCGGGAUGGACACUGGGAACUAUCAAUGCUUGCAUGUCUUUGAUCAACACAAACAACGAUCAGGACAUCGCUUCAAUCUAUGGAUUCACCAACCAGACGCCAGGAUAUUGCUUUGUUGUAACAAGCUCGGUAUACGACCGGCCGUUUAUGGAAAGUGGAGAUUCGGGAAGCAUACUCCUGCGUGAUGGAUCUGGAACACAGCUAGGACUGCUUUUUGGAGUUACUGUUACUGGAGAGGGCAUGUUCAUCCCCCUCGAUCUUGUGUACCAGGACAUCCGAAAGGUUACGGGAAAACAAGUCGUGGAGCCUGCCUAUACUGCGCCAGAAACUGUGGGUUGGGCUAAGUAUCAAAUGCGGCCGCAAGCAGAGAAUUAGUUCAGUUCGCAUCUGAUGCUGCUCAUCGCCUUCGGUCUUCCAGCAGGUUCAUGCAGCGAGAUUACCGAGUGGAGGGCUCGACCGGGUAGUGGAGUGUGGAGGUUCCAUUCCCCAAUGUCAUAGCAAUUGCUAUAAGACGCGCCCAUUUGCUUGAUCUCGUUUGUUAUCGAGAGAAGCAAUAUAAAAACAAUGAGGCAAGAUAAG